CGUUGGUUGCAGUUUUGGAAACUUUGCUCGAAGUCCCGGGUUAACAGGAACGGCCUUCAAAGGGGGCCCUCUACGAGACCAUCUCCUUGUAACAUUUAACAUCUACAUGAUUCAUGCCAUCAACGAUUCAAUGCAUUAUCCUUUCAGGGCAAUGCCUCACUCUUCGAGUAGUGCUUACAUGCUUUCCUGUCAGAUGAUAAACGUGCUGCUUCGUAACAUCGCGCAUCAGCAUGGGCCUGGCCAAGGAUCAAUACACGUAUCUGUGCAUAGACACCACCAUCUCGUCGGCCAAAGUAUAAGUCAGACAGGCUUAUGUUAGGGAGGAGCAUUCUUAAUGAUAAUUACUGUCCAGUUAGGUCUGUGGUUGGAAGGGUCUCACUGUUAUAUAUCCACUUUCCGCAUUGGUUACCGCCCCCAAA